AUGUCAAGAAUAAUAAAAAAAUUCAGCAAAAUAUUGUUAACAAUAUUAGCGUUAAUGUUAUCUUUGGUAUCUGGAGCUCCUUUACGAAAUACGAAUUCAUAUUGGGUUUUUUGGUACUAUAAUAAUAAUGGAAAUAGGAAUUGUGGUAAUUAUUGCUAUAUAGUAUUUUCAUUAGUAGGAGCAAUAUUAUUGUGUAUAUGUGGAUGCGGAUGUUUACGAUGUUAUCUUAUUAAAAAGCAGUAUAAAUCAGAAAGGUUGGAAAAUAAUAUUAAUACUCAACAAAUACUUCAUCAAUGGCAACAAGAAUUACAAAUGACAGAACUGAAUCAUCAAAAUCAAAUAAUCGCUCAACAACAACUACAGUAUCCUCCACUGGAUCAUACUGAUACCCAUAAUUCACAAUAUCCAUCAUUAAAUUCUGCAAAGGAUGUAACUCCACCUCCAUACAGUAAGAGUACUUUUAACGUGGAAAUAGUUAAACAUACCUUAAGACAAGAAUCAAAUUGGACAGCUUAUAAAGCCGGUAAACAAUUUACAAGAGACAAUCCACCCAAUGAAAUAUUACCUCCGCCAGAUCAUUCAGAUUUAAUUAAAGAAUUGGGAGGUGUUAAAGCAUGGAAAUUGGUACCUGAAUCAAGCAUCGUACAAUUAAAAAUUGCCAACGUUACAGAUGAUUUUAUCUUAUCUUUUUUUCAUGCCAAAUUGGAUGCUAUGGUGCAAUCAAAUUAUCCAUUAAUUGAUAUGAAAUAUUCAAUAGAUAGCGAAAUUGCUAGUGUUAAUAAUUCUAGCUCAUGUUCAACUAAUAAAUCAUUCGCUUUACAACCUCCAACUGACAGCUGGUUUUUUUAUUAUGAAGUAACGAUUCUGACAAAUCCAAAUCAAGAUACAGCGAUUGCGGUUGGCUUUGCAACUAAACCAUAUCCAACUUUUAGAUUACCUGGAUGGAAUAAUCAUUCAGUUGGAUAUCAUUCGAAUGAGGGUAAGAAAUACCAUAAUGAAGGUUUAACCGGCAGAAAAUAUGCUGAAAAAUGGGGUGAAGAAAAUGACGUAAUAGGUUGUGGAUAUUACCCGGAUACCGGACAAGUUUUUUUCACUAAAAAUGGCAUAAAUAUGGGCAUUAUUUGUAUUGGAGUAUUUCAUAUUUGGUUCCCAACAAUUGGUUCCGAUGGUAUUUGUAGUUUGAAGGUUAAUUUUGGUCAAGAAGAAUUCAUAUAUAAACCUGCUGAUGGUAUGAGUGUAGCUGGCAAAAUACCUAAAGUUUCAGAUCAUAAUGCUCAAGAGAAAAAUUAUGGAAAGAAAUUUAGCUUAGAUGAUUCGAAAAAAGAAAAGAUGAUCAUCAGUUGA